ACUUCCCAUCAAAGGACUCACACAGGGGAGAAGCCACAUGAAUGCAUGGAAUGUGGAAAGAGCUUCAGAGAUAGUAAUGCCUGCACUGUACAUCAAAGAACUCACACAGGAGAGAAGCCAUAUAAGUGCUUGGAAUGUGGAAAGUGCUUCAGUCAGAUUGGAGGUCUAAGCUUACAUCAAAGGACUCACACAGGGGAGAAGCCCUAUAAAUGCAUAGUUUGUGGAAAGAGCUUCAGUCAGAAAGGAAGUCUAAACACACAUCAAAGGACCCACAGAGGGGAGAAGCCCUAUAAAUGCAUGGAAUGUGGAAAGAUCUUCAGUCGGAGUGGAGAUCUAAAUUCACAUCAAAGGACCCACACUGGGGAGAAGCCAUAUAAAUGCAGGGAAUGUGGAAAGACCUUCAAUCACAGUGGAGGUCUAAACUCACAUCAAAGGACCCACACUGGUGAGAAGCCCUAUAAAUGCAUGGAAUGUGGAAAGAGCUUCAGUAAGAGUGGAAAUCUAAACAAACAUCAAAGGACUCACACUGGGGAGAAGCCCUAUCAAUGCAUGGAAUGUGGAAAGAGCUUCAGUCAGAGUGAAUAUCUAAACUCACAUCAAAGUACCCACACUGGGGAGAAGCCAUAUAAAUGCAUGGAAUGUGGAAAGAGCUUCAGUCAAAGUGGAGAUCUAAACUCACAUCAAAGGACCCACACGGGGGAGAAGCCCUAUAAAUGCAUGGAAUGUGGAAAGAGCUUCAGUCAGAGUGGAAAUCUAAGCGUACAUCUAAUGACGCACACAGGGGAGAAGCCCUAUAAAUGCAUGGAAUGUGGAAAGAGCUUCAGUCAGAGUGAAUAUCUAAACUCACAUCAAAGUACCCACAUGGGAGAGAAGCCAUUUCCAGCCAGCAGGGAUCUAGGUGUCAGCUCUGAAG